AUGGCUUCUCCCAUCCCAGCCAACAUCAACUCCGAGUCGGAGUUGAUGAAAAACCAAAAGUAUGCCAGUGUAAUGGACCCUGCUCGCCAGUUUGAUGUCUUGCAGAAUCCGGACGGCACUUCGUUGUUUUUCUCCAUAGGUGGUGAUGAUGUUUUAUACGCUACUCGAGAAACCACCGCAUCCAAAACCGGCUGGGUCAAGUAUGAUAUCUCUAGCGUACUGGCCGGCAGGUUUGCACAAAAGACAAUUGCGGCGACGCAAUUCGCUGUCACUCAGAGUCCCAGGUCUACAAACAGCGUGGAUUUGGCCGUUGUCACCCGCCUCAAUGGCAAUGAUAGCCUUUUUCUGGCUCUGGACGUGUCCAAUACGCCAUCAACGUGGGAAAACUCACCUUACUGGGUGAGCGCUUCAUUUGACGCCCGAGACAGGCCAGAACCGAUUCCUUUCACCAUAGCCGACGUAUAUCUUUUGAAUAUUCCUGGAUAUGGAGUACUAUGUUUCGCCGACGUGAUUAGGAACCCAGCCGACAAUACCCAGGCGGUAGAUCGAUAUUAUAUCGAUAUAAAAUCAGACCCGAUGUGGACCUUCCACCCCCUACCCGACAAUAUCAGUGCAGGGUCUGUAAUUACUUGCUUAGGAAAGCGCCCCCAGGACCCGGUCGGUGGCAUCUACACCUUCGGGUUCCUCGGCUCCAACGAGGACCUAAUCUACACGCCUGCAGCAACGAAGGACAGACCCUUCCCCGAAAGUGUUCAUUUGAGGAUCCCGCCCGACGCCACGUCAAUUGCGUCCAUGGUGGAUCCUUCGUCUGGGAAUACAUUCUUAUUCUUUGUAUGGCCGUUGGCCGGUGCAAUCUUUGUCUUCACACCAGACAACCAGUACGAUGGCGCCUAUGCGGAAAUAGCAACCCAAUCAUCUUUUAUUUUCAGUACACAGAUUCUGGUCGAUACGCGGAAUCUGAUCGCGAACAGUGUUGCGGGUCGCACGGUACUCUGGGGUCUCAACGACAAACUCGAAUGCGUGGUCCAACCUGUGCCAAUCUGCUACGAUGUAUUCCAGUUCGCUCAUUACUUGAACGCCUACCAGGGAGCAGCAAAUAGUAUCUUGUUCGCCCAAACCUCUGACAACCAGUUGACGCAGCUGACCCAGGAUCCGAGCACCUCGAUCUGGGCCGAGCGAAGCGUGCUCCUACCGGGGGAUAAUGUGGACUCGGUGAUCGAUCUCUACAGCUACACCAGUCACGUCCAGCUUGUGGAUGUCAACGGUAUGGGAGUCCCGAAUUAUGCGGUUUCGCUUAGUUCCUCCACCGGGCCCAUUUCGGUAAAUAUCAACGAUAUUUACAUGAUCCUCCGCCCCGAUGAGACAGUUCAAACUUCCACAAAUCUGUCUGGAGUGAUCACUAUCAUUGAGGAAACACAGACACUCUCAGGUACAGUAAUCAAUGUCACUGUGCAUGUGAAAGAUAGUCCCGACAUCGUUGAAAUAAUCGACCCGCAUGACAACGCCUGCCAACGGCUGUCCACAAUCACUACGGGUGAUGCUCUGCAGGCGGCAACUGUAACUGAUUCUAAUGGAGUGACCACGCCGCUUGUACCCCAAUCAUCGAUGCCGCUUGACCGGCUAAGUUUUGCAGGAGACCAAUUCCAAACAUUGCUGGACAUCAAGUCGCGUCUGCCAGUAAAUGGUGCUGCGACCAAAGCCCGUCGUGGUUUAUUGGUUGAUGGACCCUUGAAAGACGGACCCUCCAGCGCCAUUGCUGAAAGUGGCGGCAGCUGGAUCAAGCUUCUGUGGGGUGAUCUGGUGCGGUGGUUCAAGAAGGCAUGGAAUACCGUCAAAAGGGCAUACUCCAAGGUAGUUGAUGGGGUAUGGCACUUUAUCGUGGAGGUUGAAAAUGAUAUAUACUCCGCGGCGAUCGAGACCGUGGCGGCUGUUGUGGGAGCAGCAGAGUAUGUCUUCCACCAGAUUGUGGUUGCAUACGAUGACAUCGUCAAAUAUCUGGGCUUUAUCUUCAAUUGGGACGAUAUAAAGCGAACCCACUUGGUCGUCAAGAACAUCCUCAGAUUAUCUGUUCAGCAGGUGACCAACUCAAUUACCGAGAUUGAAGAUGACAUUCGAAAUGAAUUUGCCACAAUCGAGGAAAAGGUCGACCAAUGGGGCAGUCUUCCGGAUCCUGGCCAGACAAUCGGCCAGCAGGAAGCAACUCAGUCAAGUGUCCCGUCUAGAAACAGCCCUCAGGCAAAUUGGGCGCUGCAUCAUGCCACAAGUAAUCUACAGAGUGCUCAGUCAGAUCAUGACCUAAGCGUCCCAGUUACAGAGGAGCUGGAGAAUGUAUUCAAGGCUUUGUAUAAUUUGUUGGAGGCGGAGGAGACAGAUAUUGUCGGCUUAGUGAAGAGCCUUGUGGAUCUCGUCAAGGACUUUGCAUCCCUUAGCGCAAAGCAGCUGUUCGAGAAAAUCGCCGCAAUCAUCACCGACUUUGUUCUGAAUACGGCCGAAAAUUGCAUAUUGACACUUCUGGACCUUACCAAGCUCUUUUCUGAUGCUUUUUUCGCCCUUCUCGAUGCCCCCUUGAAUAUCCCCAUACUGUCACCCAUUUAUAAGGAUAUCUCCGGCGAUCAGCUCAGCUUCCUGGACCUCGCCUGCCUCGUUGGUGCCAUCCCAGCAACCCCCAACCUGGAGCAGCAAACGGCCUAUGCGAAAUAUAUAACGAUGAUACCAGGUGACAGGAAAGGGAACCUAGUGGCAGUCGACAAGGCCAAGGUGUUCGACAUCUGCACCAUAGUGUCCAACGGCGUGUCGUUCGUGGCCGGCUUUUUUGUCUGGGCCUGCUCAGCUGGAAAGGCGGCUACUCCUCCUGGCGUGCCGGCAUCCAAGACGUUUCGAGGCAUUAGUAUGGUCUCCUACCUGGGUAUCGGAAAGGUCGCAGUGGAUAAUAUUGCCACAAAUCAAGAGUAUCUAGACAUCAGUGGGCUGCUCUCGGAAUGUGCACUCAACGUGGCCUGGGUUGUGCCCGCUGUCGGCGACUUUAUUGAGAACAACCGAACGGAGAGUACGAGAGCUUCCUUCUCGGCCAAUAUCUUGUUUGAUGUCGGCGGCAUGCUGGCCCCAGGUACCUCUGAAUAUCUUUUCCCUGGCGAGACGCCGGGAGUUGUCUUGGCCGCGCAAUUUGCUUUAACCGCGGGAUACGCGGUUUGCUGCUUGAUAACGGGAAUCGCUGUGGCUAAUGGGGACUAA